UAUAUUAUUUUCAAUAUUUGUUUAUGUACAGGCUGACAACAGUGUACCGUGCCCCCCGGAGGACUGGACGAACCCGCACCCUGAGCAAGGAUUUAAAGGAACCGGUUUAUUGAGCAGCUAACAGUCCAACCCUCCUCCUUGUACCUGACCACAACACUCAUCUGCUCCAGUGCCAACAUUAAUUGUUAUUAAUGUGUUAAUUUUUAGUUCAUUGAGCCCCCCCCCCCCUUCCUGAUGAUAUUAGAUGAAUACUGCAUGUAGUGUAUAUUUACUUUCAGUAAUAGCGCACUUGUACUCAUUAAGAAGAUUUAUAUCUAAGUCUCCAAUAUAUCUCUAGAUCUGAAAGAAAGACAAAAAUUGGAGUAAACCAUAAAUUUAUUCAACCCUUCGAGAUUACUAAUAUCUUUGGCACCAUGUUAUUUACAAAUUAUUAAUUCAAUCUUCAGUCAUUCCUUUAUUGUUGAACGCUCCAUGUCUGAAUUAGACACAGAAAUAUAUAUAAUUCAAAUUCAGGUUUUGAAAGUUCUUGAUCUUUCAGAAAAAAAUGUCUGAACUUGAGAAGUUAAAAAAGCUUGAAGCUCUGGUUAGUACUCUCGAUGUUUCUGAAAGCGAUGAGUCUGAUGAGGAAUCAGAAGACGAAGAGAAAAUAUCCCAACCCUUCCUUAAAACUUCGGAACCACUUGUUACAUUGAAAAUAUCUGAACCCGUCCUAAAAACUGCGGAACCAUGUGUCAAGGAGAAAAUAUCUGAAUCUGUAUUCAAAACUUCGGAACCAUCUGGAAAAGGGAAAUUAUCUGAACCCGUCCUAAAAACUGCGGAACCAUGUGUCAAGGAGAAAAUAUCUGAAUCUGUGUUCAAAACUUCGGAACCAUUUGUCAAGGAGAAAAUAUCUGAACCCGUCCUCAAAACUUCAAAACCAUCUGGAAAAGGGAAUUUAUCUGAACCCGUCCUAAAAACUGCGGAACCAUCUGUCUUGAAAGAGGACGGAGAGAGUAAAAUCCCAAGCGGUCUUGGAGCCAAUAAAAGUCUCGGGUUAGAAAAUACUGUAUCAAGAUCCGACACAUUAUCCGAACUCUUCCUCUCAGUAGAUAAUGUUGUUAAUAUUGCGCGACACCGCAUAGAAGUAGAUGAAGAAGAGGAGGAGGAUGAUGAUGACGAUGAAGACGACGAAGAACUAAAGCCAAAGAAAAGUCCGAUGAACGAAAAGAAAGAAAGAUCACUGGCAUCCCUCACAGACAUAGUUUACGAGGAGGACGGAAAUAUUAGUUUUCCGUUCGAGGUUGGAGAGGACAAUUUCGAGGAUUUAGAGGAUAUAAAGGACCAGCAGGAAUUCAUGAAUCUGGAAGGGAUUGGAUCGGACGAGGGCAGGGAAUCUGAUAAUGGUAGUGACAUUGAGAAAGGUUCAGAUUCAGAGAGUGAGAACGAUGAAGAUGAUGAAGAUGAUGAUGAUACCCAGGAGGAUGAUCUUGUUCCAAAUGAAGAAAAUCUCGAAUCUUUAAACGCCAAUUACAAGGACUACCUGAGUUAUGUGCUCGCUAGUUUGACCAAGGAGCUCCAGUCCAACCUUAACAGACAGCAGAGGAUCAUCACAAUCUUAGAGGAGAAGGAAUCUGAGCUGAGUAAAGCAUCCAGAGCUUCAAUAAACCAGCAUGUAUCAGUUACCAAGAAGACCCUGAGCUUGUUUGGGUAUCCGUACUUCAAGGAUGUACAGAUGUAUCACCCUCCACCCAAUGCGGAUACAAUAAGAAAACGGAAUAACACUGAACUAGAUGUCUGGAUAGAGUUCCCCAGAAUGUGGACCCGUGAUGAAAGGAAGAAACUAGUCAACACUGUUCGACGGGAAGCUCGUCAGAAGCUCCUCUGGAAAACCUACGAGGAGAAGGACGAGCUGGACUCCAGGCUCAAGAAGAUCGGGUUGAGGGAGCAGGAGAGGCUGGAGCUCGAGGAGAGGUUGGACGAGGUUAACUUGAGGAUUAGACAGAUCUUUAAAAUCCCGGAUGAGAAACUGCUGCAGGAUAAGGAUGAGGAGUAUGAUUGGAUGAAGAUUGCUGCACGAGAUAUGAAGAUGAAUCACAGUGCUACUGAGUGUAUGCUUCACUGGAGAAAUCUAGCUCAUCCGUCAAUUAAUAAAGCACCUUGGACACGGGAGGAGGAUGGAUUACUGAAAAGGUUUGCGGAUUCUACUGAUGGAAGAGAAUGGGAUUCGAUAGCUAAAGAACUGGGAACUAAUAGAACAGCUAUAGCCUGCUACACAAGGUUUAUGCAGAAGCACAAUAUUAAAACAAACUGCAGGUCUUGGACAGACAGAGAGGAUGAGAGACUUAGAAGACUUGUGGCGCAUAGUAGGGUUUAUAACUUCAUUCCUUGGUCUAAAAUAUCCUACUAUAUGGAAAGGAGAACGAAGGAUCAAUGUUAUCAGAGAUAUACAUACAGUCUUAGAGAAACAAUUAGACACGGUUCCUGGAGAUAUUAUGAGGAAUGGCUUCUGGUUCUAGGAGAACGACUCUACGGAAGAGAUUGGUCCAAAAUUACAGAGCUAAUUCCUUCCCGAACCCCUAUGCAGGUUCACUGCCAUUGGAACAAUCACUUGAAGUGCGACUACAGACCCUGGACCCAACAGGAUGAUAUCCUUCUUCUACAGAGUGUCAAGCAAUUUGGUCUUAAAAGCUGGGCGAAGAUUGCGGAGAGGUUUAACGACAGUGGAUCUCGGAGCCGAACCCGCUGUAGGCAGAGGUUCAAUGGUAUCUUUAACCUGUUUAAGAAGAACCCAGAGAACUUGCAUGAAACCUUGUCUCAGAUGGACACUAACAGGAACGCUGCAAAGAGGAGAGACCGCGUGUUUGAUGAAUUAGAUAAGAAGUUCCAGGAUUGGAUUACAAGGAUAGACGAGGAGCCAGUAGUAUCAGAUAUACAGAUUGCUAAAAUAAACCUGGAGGAGGAGACGUCUCUUCCUAAUGGAACGGUUGUGAAGAACUCUCUCCUAAGCAAGUUUGUCCGACACAUACAAACUUUGCUACCUGAGAUUAAACCUAAACCCCUAGUUCCGCUUCCUCCUCCCCGGCUCCGAACCCUUCCUGAUCAAGAGGAUGCAAUUCAUUCGAAACCUCUCAAUCUCUCAAAGCUUUUGAGAAAAAAGCGUGUAGGUCGUCCUAACAGAUUGAAACCUAAACGUGAAGUGACCCGGGUUAAGUUGGGUUUGGAGAGAACGACUGUUAUGGAUCGGGAGAUCAGUAGAUUUCUAAACCCCAGUUUUACAACCAGACAGCGUAGAUACAAGGUUAAUCUAAGCGAGGAGGAGCUGGGCUUUAUUAAUAUUGCAGCGAGGAACCUGGACGGAAUCCUUGAUUUCUCAACCUUUAAAUCAAACCUGAGUCCAGAGAAGAUUAACGCGUUAAACUCUGGAGAACGCCAGGUGCUGGAGAGCUACUGGUUCCAAUCAGAUAUCACUGAGGCUGAGAGUCCUGAGGCAAAGAAGGUACGUCGGACGACCUACGGUAGAAGAUCCACGGACGGGAUCGAUGGAGAAGGAUCGAGGAAAGAAGCUGAAACUGUGAAGACGGAUCUGUUAAUGCCGACCAUUGCCUCGCUCAGGGCUUUUAGGGGGAUCCUGCUUCACGCUGAUUACACGGCGGAGCUCGCCAGGGAGGCGGAAGCUGACCCACUUGCUAUAGUGCGAAAUUAUUGUGCUGGGAACACCAAGAAAAUAUUAAGAACCGGAGUAAACAACGUCGAUAUAAUUCGACGUGCCAAGGUUGGACAAACCUUGUUUACUCCGCUCAUGAAUGCAUCGGCUGAGGAGCAGGAGAAGAUGAAAGAUCAGGUUGAAGCAGAUCAACGGUUGGUUGAUAGGAUCGUGAAACUGUUUUACUGGCCGGCCAAGAUGUCCGUAACGACCCCCUCGGAACCCGAGGUUCUCUUUCAGAACGAGAACGGAGAGGAAAACUUAUCCGCAACUGAUCCAUACGAACCUGCCAGCAUGGCGAGUUCUGUCGCCGAGGAUACCCCGAGCUCCAGGGCUCCUGAUCCUGCCACCUGUCAGCUCUACGCUAACUUACCGUCAGUUCACUCGGUUUACUCCAAUGUAAGUUCUCCAGCUACCCCUGCUACUAGAACCUAUUCAAGAAAACGUCCUGCAUCCAAACUUGGGUUUAACUUUCAGGAUCUCUUGACCCCGUCUAAACGUCCAACCCUAGAACAGAAUGGAGGAUCCUCUCAAAGAUUGAAUACCUCGGGUUCAAGUUUGGCUGGAAUACAACCCUUGUCAGCUCCUUUCCGUCCUCCUUCCUCUCCUCUAGGUCUUAAACCUAUACAAAAUCUUCUCCCUACACCCAACACACCUCAACAGUUUCGAGCUCCAGCAGGGGUUCAGCUUUCCAACCUAAGAUUGGUCUCGGAGCUUCCAGCUCCAGGUUCUCCAGUUCGACUAGUUAAACCAGGAACCCGGAGAAACAAGCCUGGUGAAACCGACUCGAAAAUGUGAUAAAGAUCUAGUAAAUAUAUUCUUUUGAUAAAUUGUUACAAAACCGUCAUAAA